UGGCGUUGCCCUUCGGGCUUGCUGUGGCCGGUGCGCAACCUAACGUUGGCAGUUGACCGGAAUCAGUCGCGCGCGAUACGUCCUGGCGUACAGAGACAUUUACAGUUUUUUCAACACGCUUCCGCCGUGUCUCCGUGCUUUGUGAUGACUGCGCUGACAGUGAAAAGGAAGUUUGUUGUACUUUUUUCUAACCAAAACACGAAGAGGGUAAGAUGACCGGUGUCAGCUGUACGCGCAGAUGUGUCGGCUUGAAUAAUUUCGGUUGUGUUUGUGUUAAUGAUCGAUGAAUUAUCGCAUGUUGGAAACUAAGCCUGGACUGAGUGGAAUUAUUUGAGAAAAAAAUUAAAGUUUUUUAUUUGCUUUUCGGGUGCUAUAUGCAACUCGCGCAUUUAGCCGACAUUUUUGUGCCGUUAUUCAUAGGCGACCUUUACCACUACAUUGCCAUUGACAAAUUAUCAGCAAAUGCGCCAAUCAUCGACAUCGAACACAUAGCUGUACAAAUAUAGGUGUGUAGUUUAUUGAAUCGGCUGUGAACGCAGCGACUUUCAUAGCGCUGAAUGCAAAAUAAUUGAUAAAUUUGUUCAAUUAGUGGCGUUAUCAGUAAGGACGCGAUAAAAAAUCGGAUAAUUUCAUAAGUUAAAUUCAUUAACCAACAGCUGGGUCACAUUUUCCAACACACAAACAUUCCCCUACUGUGCUUGUACAAUUAUAUGUGCCCGAGUGUACACAUGUAAUCGCUGGAGUGUGAGGGACAAAAGACCAACAGCAACAAAUAAUUUCAAGUGGUUUUGCGUGAGUCCAAUCAGCCUACGCGGCGCUCCUAGGUAUUUGAGCUUCCCAUGCGAUACAGAUACUAUCCCAAAGUGAUGACACAAUUCCUCACAACAAAAACAAACAUUCACUGAAUGUGAAAUCGAUGCAACAAGUUGUGCUGAAACGGAUAAAGCGAAAUUGUAACAAGUGCAUGCAUGUUGUUAUUGUUCCAAAAGGUUCGUCAGAAAUGAUGAGUGGAUAUUUUAAUGAAAUAAGAAAAAAAUAAAACGAAUGGCGAUUUUUACUUCAGCGAAAUUAAACGAGAGUGCACAUCCAUUUAGUAAUUACAACUUAUUUCGCAUCCCAUGCAAAUAAUUGAAGUACGAAAGGAAUAGGACAGCGAAAGACAGACUAUAAUAAGCAAAAAUAAAAGCGUCAAGAGUCAACAGUCUAUUUAUUUACAGUAAUCAAAUGGAAUCACACUGACGCCAGCAAACCCUUCAGCAUGACUUCCGAGAACCAGCCAGCUCUCACCACCGAGGCAGCCACGACUGCAUUGCGAAGGAGAAACGGCCUUUUCACCCCACUAUUAUCGAGGUCCUUCAUUGCGCUUGGGUCCAGUUCCAUGGAACGACAAGCGCACAGCCAACAAUCCAAUUCACCGAUACAUAAGCUCUACAGGGUGCCGCGUAGAAUGGCAGAGGGUCGCUUUGCCAGCGGAAGCGGUGCACAGCAUUUAAAAACACUACUCUACAAGUUCCUGGCAAUAACGUCGACCGCUGCGACUGUUGCAGCUACAACGACAGCGACAAUAGGUACACAGCUCAAGCACUUCAAUGAUGCAACAGCUUCAACCGCAACACCGUCAAUUGCCACAAGUGCAACUUCGUUUGCGGUAGUGCCGACAACCUUCGCCACAGCUCUGAGUGUAGUAUUCCCCAGCGUUACAAGCCUUAAUGCCUUUAUUCCAACGAAUGCCACCACAGUCGGCGGGGAUCUUCCCGAUGCAAGUGACAGCGCCCAAGUUACACUCUACGACUCUAGCAUUAUGUCUAUUUUGAAUCGUAGCAGUGUUACCUUAAGCACUGCCGCCACCACUGCCAGUGCUCACGCUGCUGCCUCCAUGGAUGCUUACCUGGUGGCGUUGCGCUGGCCGCAGGCGCUCGCCGUUGCAAUUUUCGUGCUGCUGAUCCUGGUGACGGUGGUCGGCAACACACUAGUCAUACUGUCCGUGCUGACCACACGCCGGCUGCGAACCGUCACCAAUUGCUUCGUGAUGAACCUGGCCAUCACUGAUUGGCUUGUGGGCACGUGUGUGAUGCCACCUGCUGUUAUGCUCUAUGUUGUUGGUAGCUGGCGCUAUGGUUGGAUCCUGUGCGACAUUUGGAUUUCACUGGACGUUCUGCUCUGCACCGGUUCCAUACUAAGCUUGUGCGCCAUUAGUCUCGACAGAUAUCUCGCAGUGACUCAACCCCUUAAUUAUUCCAAAAAACGCCGUUCGAAGCGCUUGGCAUUGGGUAUGAUAUUUAUUGUGUGGGUGACGGCGCUAUUAAUCACAUGUCCACCGUACUUGGGCUGGUACGAGCCGGGACGUCGGCGUGAAGAUAAUGUCGUUUGCCGCUACAAUCAAAAUAAGGGAUAUGUGGUGUUUUCCGCAAUGGGCUCAUUUUUCAUUCCGCUCGCCGUUAUGAUGUACGUUUACAUGAAGAUUGGCUACGUUCUUACGUCGCGGAGACAGCGCAUGGUUCGUGAUGCGAAGUCGGAGCGCACUGCGGAUCAUGAUAUAGACUGUGACAACUUUAUUUCGGAGUCGGAGCAUUAUCAAUGUGCCACACCGAAGUUUCCCUCGUUCAAGUCGCGUUGGGGUAGCGGCCAUGCCAGCAGCAACAAUUGCUCUGCAAAAAAUCUCAGUUUGCAUUGCAGCAAAUGCAAUAAGGUUUACCUCGACAAUGCCAACAGUGGUAGCGCCAGUAUUAACGGUGGUGGUCUCAAGCACCAAGCAUCGUUCUAUGAGUUGGUUGAGGUAUCACGUUUAACAUCAAUAAUUCAGUGCUCGGCAAUGAACUGUAAAUACGCCGGCGUCUGUAUGCAUUCCAGAGCAAUGGCUGUACCGCUGGCCGAACGGCGCUCUUCCUCAUUGCCCAUGCAAGGUGUGCACUUCGUCGAGGAUGGCAUGUCAUUUUCCGAUAAUUGUCUGGCGGCCAACUCGACGCUUACCACAAGCAUGACCACAACAAGAGGUUUGAAAUUCAAUCCGAUGUUGGGACAAAAUCAAGAGCAGUCGCAUGCACAACAUCACCACAAUCACCAUCAUCACCCUCAUCGCAUACCGAUGCGUGUGUCCACAACGAAGAGGGAUACGAAAACCGCCAAGACGUUGACCAUUGUUAUGGGCGGCUUUAUUGCCUGUUGGCUGCCGUUCUUUAUCUACUACCUGUUAAUGCCAUUCUUGCCUCCACCGGCAGUGUUGGAGGGUCUCAUGUCCUUUCUGACAUGGGUUGGCUGGGUGAACUGCGCGAUUAAUCCCUUCAUCUACGCUUUCUACAAUCCGGAUUUUCGCACCGCCUUUUGGCGUUUGACUUGUCGACGCAUUUGUAAGCAGAAGCCGCCACUCAAACAUAUGGCCAUGUUUCGGGGCUAAAAUGUUGCACAGAGCAUACAGAACAAGACACUAGACAAGACAGUGGCUCACUACCACAGGACAAUCAAAAUACAUUUUUUACAGCGGAGAAAAAUGCACGAGUAUUAGAAAAGUAAUUGUACUAGACUGCCGUUGAAGGAUCAUCAAAAUAGAGCUAAGAAGUGUAAAACUAAACAAGCCGAAAUAAAAAUAAAAAAAGACAGAGAAAGCGGUUCGGAAAGCAUAAGACUACAGGGGGUUUCAAAAUGUAUUUCAAACUGAUUGAAGCAGCAUGAAACUGUCUAGCAGUUUCCGUUUUCCAUUUCGGCCGUAAGCGUUGUAAUUGUUGGUGGCAGGACGAGUGAAAGCGACAAAUCUGCUAAGCAACCCGAAGAUGGAUAGUGUAAACGAGCAACAAGGGAGAAUACAAACUGUUGACAGAAAAUUUAAAGCGUUGCAAUUUAUUUAGAUCUGCUCAGCGGAGUUUCUUGUACCACUACACUUCAGUCGGCAGUGCAGUAGCGCCGGUUCGGCAGCAGAAAUGAAAAUAAAUUUGUGGCAGGUGCCUUUUCUCCUGAGCGUAUUCAAACGCUUGAAGAUUUACAAACGAGCGAACAAAAUAUAAACCUGUCAUAUAUUUAUCAAAUAUUCAACAUAAAACAGUUGUUGCGUCUAUUUUAAAACUUAGGUGUAACCAUUUAUAUAAAGAUACAUAUAUGUAUAUAGAUAUUUACUUAUUUAGGUGAAGCCUUAGCCAAUUUGUGAAACCAUAUUGCCAUAUACAACGUACUGUGUAAGCUAAGCUAAUUUUAUCUCUAAAUAACCAAAUCAAUUUUAACAAUGAGGCGAAAUAUAAUAUAAAUAUACUUUA